GUUCUAUCUAUUCCCCUCUUUACAUGUACUAUAUUCGAUAUAGAGCCCUGAAGAGAAUAUUGCGCGAAACGGUCGGUCGUAAAGCCCAGAUCACUCUAGUAGACCCAUUUGUUGAAACAUGAUGAGGAAACAAGACCAAGUAAGUUUGACGUGAAAGAAUGAUCAAUUCGAAGAUGAUUCGAUUCGAUUCGAUUCGAUUCGAAUCAAGAAUCAAAGCAAACGAAGUUCAAACAAGCCGUAGAGCUGUUAAAUGUCACGUGUGGGGUAUCUGAGAAAUCUCAAAGAUACCGAAGGUGCGCUGCUGUUUUCCCAUUGCUAUUAUAGCGGUGGCUCGCUAGCUAUCUAGCUAGCUAGUAGCACCCAACAGACAUUCGCAAAAUCGGAAAGAAGAGUUUUGGAUAAACCGAGGCAACAGCACUGUUUGCUUCCUUCUUUCACUAGCAAAGCUACCCUGUUCGUUCCUCUAGUCUCAGUAUCAUAACUUAUUCACAUGUCGCUCUCAACAGACGAGAAACUGGCAAGCUCAGUUGGGUAUCAUACCGGUAGUAGCGAAAGUAAGGGGAGAAAGGACGACGAGAGGAACUUGUGGAUAUUGCCCGACGACAUGACGGAUUCUGGGCAAGCAGAGGAACACCAUCGACGGGCCCAGGCCGAGAUCUCGGAAGAGAAGGUUUGCAAGUUCUUCUUGCAUCUCAACACCACUUCAGCUCCGCCAGACUUUGAUCUAUACAAUGGGGUGGUCUUUCGCUUGAGGACCAAGAAUGUUGCAAUACAUAUCACUUCUCUGGAGCUGGAUUUGAAUGGGUACGAGAGUGCAGAAGUCAAGAUCUUCACCAAAGUUGGAGGAUACAAUGCAACGGCUGGAGUCUUUUCGGAUCCGUCUUCUUGGAAAGAAGUUACCACACCCACCGCCUUUGCCGUUGCCACAGCCGAACGAAGGAACAACAUCGUCCCUUUCGACGAGUUUGAACCCAUCGCUAUGGAACCCAAGGAAAGUCGACUCAUCUAUGUCGCCUUGCCUGCCGAUGUACCUUUGGUAAAGUCAGCUGAAGGAAUCGAUUUUAACGAAGAGUAUUCCCGCAACAGUGAGGUCAUUACGUAUGUGGGAUAUGGAGUCACGGGGUCGGAAUUCUUUGGAUCUGUCGUCGAGAAUAGACCCUUUCACGGCGUUGUGCACUACGAAACCAAGAUACCCUGUGAAGACCAGAGAGAUUCCUUUGCCAUGAAGUUGCCAUAUUAUGUAGAUCAAGUGGAUCCGCCCAGAAUUGUGGAAUCCCUUGUCCAGAGUGCCAUCAUCCAAGCUGUUUCCCAUGCCAUGUCCAGAGAUGCGAAGCUCAUUCGGAUGCAGAACAUUGGGGGCUUGCGUUUUCAGUUAGCUGAUACUUCUACUGAAAUGACUCCCCAAGAAGAACUCAAAGAACCCUGUCCAUUCAAGUGGGAAAACUGCACCAAAAUCGACGUCAACGUUCAUUUUGGACACGACGAACGGUUGCAACCCGGUCGUGUUCAUUAUGAAGUUCUCAGGUAUGCUACUGACUUCAAUGUCUCGGACCAGCCUUUCCAGCUUGGCUACGCGGGCAAGAUGCCCUUGUCGAUUGACUAUUUUAUCACAAUGGUGGGAGCACCCAAAUCGUUUGAGUUUGACUACGUUCAAGAAGCCUACUUUGGAGAGCAGACUACCAAGUUCCUCGCUGACAUGACAGGGCAAGAAAUUCUGGCGGCCGGGUUGGUCCCAACCAAGAGAAACGAUCCGGAUACUCAUCUGCUCGAAAGUGGGGAUAACAAUGACAAGAACCGUCGUGGGCUCCGUAACUUGCAGACUACCUCGGCCAAAGUACACGCAGCAAUCUAUGGUGCAUACCCUGCAUGGCCAGAGCCACAGCACGCGCUAUCCGUUCGAGGUGUGGACAGUAUGGCCACGGUCGAGAUCUUGCAGAGUGCUUUUGACGAUAAUGGCACUAUCUAUGUCCAGUACUUGAAGGAUGGUUUGCUGCGACCAGGGCCCAUAAACGAGGACGACCGAUCUGCGUUUUUUGCCGGUAUUACAGGAACCGACGCAGAGUUGGAUGAAGCGUCUCUGUGGAUGCCCACUGUGGCUCCCACCCAAGCUCCUACAAUGGACCCAGAUACCGAACCGGAAGUCUGGGGAAUGCCGCAGUCCACAUUGAAAAUUCUGGCAAUUCUAUUCAUUGCAAUUGGGGCUGCCAUGUGCCUUUUUUCGCUCUACUGGGAAUACCAAGCUCGGCAAGCCGACAAGGAGAAGUUGAAACGCAACGCUAGGGCUGCGCAGCGAAAGGUCGACAAGCUCCGUGCAGAGCAAUACAGAAGGAUUGCCGAGAAGAAAAAGAGGAUCCAGAACGGUGGCGGCAGGCAGGAUGACGACGACAACAAUAGUUUGACAGAACCCAUGAUCUCGUAGAAGGAUGUGGAUUGAGGUUUGCUUGAUUGCUCUUCUUGUUUCCUUUAGUUAAGGACCGUCCUGUUGUAAGCAUAAACAUAGAUUGAAUGCGUAACGAGUC